AUGUUGCGCAUACCGUUCUGGGCGUCUGCCGUCCUGUUCUUCCUCGCAGGUGUGUCUGAGGCCGGACAUGCCGACUUCCAUAGUUAUGCGCCUGGACUGAGCCGUCACCAUGGCGGCCAUCAGAAAUUCCACCGAUCUGUUCCUUCAUUGGAGGGGCAUGGUGUGUCCUAUAUUGAGAAGAGAGAUGGUCAAUGCCAGUUCCCUGCUGAUGCUGGGCUGGUAUCGGUAACCCCAAACGAGCAGAACGCUGGCUGGGCUAUGAGUCCUGACCAGCCUUGCAAGCCCGGCAACUACUGCCCCUACGCGUGCCCUCCUGGACAAGUUAUGGCACAAUGGGACCCGGAAGCGACCUCCUACUCUUAUCCUGUCUCAAUGAACGGUGGUCUUUACUGCGAUAAGAGUGGAAAUAUUUCCAAGCCUUUCCCUAAGAAACCAUACUGCGUGGAUGCAUCGGGCUCUGUUAAGGUUAAAAAUAGCUGCGGAGGAGUGGUUUCAUUCUGCCAGACUGUCCUCCCGGGGAAUGAAGCCAUGUUGAUCCCCACCAGUGUUCAAGAUACCGCAGACCUUGCAGUUCCCGAUCCAUCCUAUUGGUGCUCUACUGCUGCCCACUACUACAUCAACCCUCCAGGCACAGAUACCGACACUGCCUGCGUUUGGGGAACAAACACAAACCCGUGGGGUAACUGGGCUCCAUAUGUCGGCGGUGCAAAUAUCGAUGGCAACGGACAGACCUUCCUCAAACUUGGCUGGAACCCCAUAUACCUUGAACCCGCAACUCCGUUUAGAGACGAGAGCCCCAAGUUCGGUGUCAAGGUAGAGUGUGAGGGAUGUAACGGACUCCCCUGUGAAAUUGACCCAGCCAAGAACAAAAUCAACGAGAUCACUGGCAGCGGGACUGAUGGCGCCGGUGGUGCAGCUUUUUGCGUCGUUACUGUUCCAAAGGGUACCCAGGCUACUAUUGUCGUUUUCGAGGCAGGUAGCGGUGGCGGCUCUGGCGGCAAUGGGGGUGGCUACGGGAAAGAUGAUAAGCCAAAAGAUGGCGAUAAAAAAGAGCCUGAGUCCUCUUCUUCAACCGUCCCGCCAUCAACCUCAGCAAGCUCUUCUUCCACCGAAGCACCGUCAACGACGUCCGAUUACACUUCAUCCGCCUCUGAAUACUUGCCUACGCCAACUUCAAGCUCUUCUUCAAGUAAGUCUAGCUCCGCCGAAUCAUCGUCUUCGACCGCAUCUGACUCGACCACCACAAAAUCUCCAGACGAAUACACACCGUCACCCCACGUAUUCAUCGAGAGCCCUAGCUCGUCGGUCCAUCACCCUACCAACGGCUCCUCGAUCAUCAUGCCAACGCCAACCAACUCCAACAAUACCCCAACUCCAACUCAUAACGCUGCAUCAGCUACCGCCAUCUCCGUUAUGAGUCUCACACUCAGCUUCCUGAUCGUGUCGAUCUUUAUGAACUUCUGA